UCCCUCCGUCUCCCAGUCCAGCUGCACUUCUUUUGAUCACGUUUCCUCCAAAUGCAUGUUGCCUUUAAUUAAUUGAGUGUCUCGUGGAGAGCGAGGUGCGGGAGACAAGCAGAGAACAGCUAUAGCUACACAAUUAAAAUACAAACCAAGACUGCUGAGUUUACUGAAUGCAAGUGCUGAAGUGGCUAAUAAGCUUUUUUGUGGUUAAUGUUUUGCUCUGAGAACAGACCUAGGAGCAGAGAUGGAGGGCAUGGAUUUUGAGGAUGAGAAGUCCAAGAGAUACUGCAUUAAGACAAAGCAUGUGGCUAUCAUCUGUGGAGUUGUGGUUGUUGUAGGACUUGCUGUGGGGCUUGGUGUGGGAUUGAGCAGACCCAAACCUCCAAAGGCAACAGAGAAACCAACAACAACAACAACAACAACAACAACAACAACAACAACAACAACAACAACAACAACAGCAGAACAGCCUCCUCCCCCAGUGGAUUUGGGUCCCUGUCCUUCCAAGAAUGAUGAGACUGGAGACUGGAGACAUUUUAGGCUUCCCACUUAUGUCAAGCCUGUCCAUUAUGAUCUGGAAAUCAAGCCUGAAAUGGAGAAAGACACUUACAGUGGGACAGUCAGUAUAUCCAUUGCUUUGGAAAAACCAACCAGCUCCCUGUGGCUUCACCUGCGAGAGACCAAGGUUACAGAAAUACCCACACUCCGGAAAUCUUCGGGACAGCAGAUUGCUCUGAAUGACUGCUUUGAGUACAAGCCACAAGAAUACAUUGUGAUGAAGGCAGCAGCAGAGCUCCCUGUCACUGAUGAAAGUGAUCCCUAUGUGCUCACUCUGAAGUUUCAAGGCUGGCUGAAUGGUUCGCUGGUUGGGUUUUAUAGGACCACCUAUACUGAGAACGGACAGAUCAAGAGCAUUGCAGCUACUGAUCAUGAGCCAACAGAUGCACGGAAAUCAUUUCCUUGCUUUGACGAGCCAAACAAAAAGGCAACAUACAACAUAUCCAUCAUCCAUCAAGAUGUGUACCAAGCGCUUUCUAACAUGCCAGUACAGAAAACUGUACAGCUUGGUGAUGGCUGGAAUCGAACAACUUUUGAGAAGUCGGUCCCCAUGAGCACUUACUUGGUAUGCUUUGCAGUGCAUCAGUUUGCCUGGGUAGAAAGAAUAUCAGCAAGUGGAAAACCUCUGAGAGUUUACGCCCAGCCACAGCAAAUACACACAGCAGAAUAUGCAGCAGAUGUAACAAAAAUUGUAUUCGACUUCUUCGAAAAGUACUUUAAUUUGAGCUACUCCCUUCCAAAACUAGAUAAAAUAGCUAUUCCAGAUUUCGGGACAGGUGCUAUGGAGAACUGGGGGCUGAUCACAUAUCGAGAAACAAACCUGCUGUAUGAUCCUAAUGAGUCAGCCUCAUCCAACAAACAGAGAGUAGCUGCUGUGAUAGCCCAUGAGCUCGUUCAUCAGUGGUUUGGAAAUAUCGUAACCAUGGACUGGUGGGAUGACUUGUGGUUAAAUGAAGGAUUUGCCAGUUAUUUUGAGUUCCUGGGAGCAAAUAAAGCAGAACCAAGUUGGCAAAUGCUUGAACAGGUUUUAAUUGAGGAUGUGCUUCCUGUGCUGAAAGAUGACUCUUUGCUGUCUUCUCACCCAAUUGUAGCCGAUGUGUCAUCUCCAGCUGAAAUCACCUCUGUGUUUGAUGGGAUAUCUUACAGUAAGGGUGCAUCAAUCCUCAGAAUGAUUCAAGACUGGAUUACACCAGAGCUCUUCCAAAAAGGCUGUCAGGCGUAUUUGAAAAAACACCAUUUCCAGAAUGCCAAGACACAACAAUUUUGGGAAGCUCUGGAAGAGGCAAGUAAUAAACCUGUGAAGGAAGUCAUGGACACAUGGACUGGGCAGAUGGGCUACCCUGUUUUGGAGAUGGGAGAUAAUUCAGUAUUCAUACAGAAACGUUUUCUUUUGGAUCCCAAAGCAAAUGCUUCUCAUCCUCCUUCUGAUCUUGGUUAUAAAUGGAAUAUACCAGUCAAAUGGAAGCGUGGUGAUUCAUCAGGUUAUACUUUCUACAACGCAUCAGAUUCUAGAGGAAUUACAAUAGAAGGUACUUCUGAUACUUUUGUGAAAGUUAAUCCAGACCACAUUGGAUUCUUUCGGGUGAAUUAUGAUAGUCAAAACUGGGCCACGCUAAGCAGUCUUCUGCUCCAAAACCACACAAGUUUUUCAGCUGCUGAUCGCACAGGGAUUUUGGAUGAUGCCUUUUCUUUAGCAAGACCUGGACUUGUGAAUUACUCUGUUGCCCUGGAACUCACAAAAUACCUAAGAAAUGAAACAGAAUAUUUACCUUGGAAUAGAGCUGUAUCAGCUGUAACUUACCUUGCAAACAUGCUUGAAGAUGAUAAAAAUCUCUAUCCCGUGUUUCAGAGGUAUUUUAGCAAUCUGGUAAAGCCAGCUGUGGAUCAAUUGGGCUGGGAAGAUUCUGGAGACCAUUUGCAGAGGCUUCUUCGUGCAUCUCUUCUAGACUUUGCCUGCAGUAUGAAUGACGAAGAAUCUUUGCGCAACGCUUCUGAACUCUUUGAUAGAUGGUUACAAGGAGAAACUAUUGCUGCAAAUCUCCGACUCAUAGUAUAUCGCUAUGGGAUGCAGAACUCAGGCAAUGAGACAUCAUGGAAUCACAUGUUCAAAGAAUACCAAAAAACUACAUUAGCCCAAGAAAAAGAAAAGCUGCUAUAUGGCCUGGCAUCAGUGAGGAACAUCACCCUUUUGGACAGGUAUCUGAAAUAUAUUUACAACACCAGCCUCAUCAAAAGCCAAGAUGUGUUCACAGUCCUGAGAUACAUCUCAUAUAACACCUAUGGGAAAACAAUGGCCUGGGACUGGAUACGACUGAACUGGGAGUACUUAGUUGACAGAUUCACUAUAAAUGACAGAACCCUUGGUCGAAUAGUAACUAUUACCCAAACUUUCAACACUGAGCUCCAGCUUUGGCAGAUGGAAAAUUUCUUUGAAAAAUAUCCUAAUGCUGGGGCAGGAGAAAUGCCCAGGAGUCAGUCACUGGAGCAAGUGAAGAGCAACAUUGAAUGGCUAAAAGAAAAUAAGGAGGAAAUAGAAACAUGGCUGAAAGCACAGUAAGGCUUCAAAGUCUUACUUUGUGAAAAAGAUCAGGCACUCAGAUCUUGAGAGAUGUUUAGCAAUAUGGAUUUCUCACCUAGAUACCUUAGAGGACUAAGACCUAACAUUUUUUUCUAAAAACACUCAGGAGACCACUGCCAGAGCAAUGUUUGUGUAGUGGUUUAGCAGGAAUAUCUUUGUAUGUUGAGAGCUGAAUUUGCCUGAACAAACAGGACAAAGGUUUAAAGUCACUCAAAGCAGAAGCGGUGGCAGAACUGGAGUCCUUGCUGAUCACUCUGGUCUUACUCCUUAUGCACACCACUCUGCAAAGCUACUUCUUGGUUCACACAGAAGCAUAUCUAGUACACUCAGGGAUUCCUUUCCAAGUGCACCUCAUAGGAGUUUUCUCCUGAAGGAAAGGGAAUUAAACAAUAGCUUUGACAUUGUCUGAAAAUCAUCCCCUAUAUUUAUAGCUGUAAAAAUUCUAUGUGUGGGAUUUAGAUUUGCUUUCUGAUACUGCAGAAAGGCCAGUUAAGCUUUCCUCUCAAUUGAUUUUUGAAGUUUAACUACCGGUACACAAGGGAUCAAUUUUAUCAACUUCUUUUUCAAUGUUAUUAAGUGGGAUUCUGUAGUUUAGGGUAGGGGUUGUCUUGGUUACUUUUGUCUUAUUUCUAAAUCUUUAAGAAAAAAAAAAAAAAAAGAAGAGAACUUGUGGCAGCCAAUACUGCAAACAAGACAUGCUUUACU